UUAUAUUGUUAGCGACUCCGCCCGCAUCGCUGCCUGGAGCUUUUACACCAAGCACGCGAGGUUGUGCGGACAAAACGAAAAUGGCGAAUAUUAUGAACCAGACGAAUCCGCCGAUGACGGCAGCUGAGAGAGCUCAGCGAUCAGUUUUUGUUGGCAACAUUCCAUAUGAAACAACUGAAGAGCAACUGAAGGAGAUCUUUGCCCAGGCAGGACCCGUCGUCAGUUUCAGAUUGGUGUAUGACAGGGAGACAGGGAAGCCGAAGGGUUAUGGCUUCUGUGAGUACCAGGAUGUGGAGACAGCUCAGAGUGCCAUGAGAAACCUCAACAAUUAUGACUUCAAUGGCCGACCUCUGCGUGUUGGUGUCGCAGCAGGGGAACAGAACAAGGAGGAGAUGAAAGGAAUGCAGCAGGCCCUUGGUGGACCUCCGAUAGAGAGUCCCUAUGGGGAGCCGGUGGAGCCAGAGAAAGCUCCAGAAGCUAUAUCCAAGGCUGUGGCCAGUCUUCCACCAGAACAGAUGUUUGAACUCAUGAAACAAAUGAAGCUGUGUAUCCAGAACAACCCAAAUGAGGCCCGGAACAUGCUUCUACAGAACCCUCAGCUGGCCUAUGCUCUGCUACAGGCUCAGAUUGUCAUGAAGAUAGUUGACCCACAAGUAGCACUGGCCAUGUUGUACAGAGAUGCCAACCAGGUGCCGCCCAGUACCGGAGCUACUAACAAUGGACAGCCUUCAUCAUCAGCUCCCAACCAGAUGGGCCAGUCACAAGGUGGCCGAGGCCCUGCCCCAGUACAGGCCCCCGGGGGAUCACAUGGUAUGAGUGGUCCAUCAGGAGACAUGAUGGGUGCUUCCAGAGGACCUAUGCCAGGGAUGGGUGGUCCAAUGGGUGGUCCGAUGCCAGGAGGUCAUCGUGACAUGGGAGGACCCUACCCUGGGCAGCCACAGAGGUCAGAGUUCCGGGACCAGAGGAUGAUGGGGGACUUGCGGGGGAUGCCGCAGCACCAAGCUGGACCUGGCAUGCAGGGAGGACACGGAGGACAGGGCGUGUCCAUGAGACCUCAGAUGGUUCCUCAGCAGCAGGCACCGAUGCAGUCAGCCUUAGGUGCCUUAGGUGCAUUAGGUAACCUAGGCAACCUUGGCCAACUGUCUGCAGGAGUGAUGUCCGGUCUGGGCGGUGGACUGGGAGGACCAGGGACUCAGAUCUCCCCACAGGACCAGGAGAAGGCUGCCCUGAUAAUGCAGGUGCUGCAGCUGACAGACCAGCAGAUCUCCAUGCUGCCUCCAGAACAGAGGCAGAGCAUCAUCAUCCUCAAGGACCAGAUUGCCAAGAGUGCCCAAUAGGCUGGCCCAGCUCAGUGGGGAAAGUGGCUGCCAUCUUACAACUGGCUUUUUGAUGGAGAAACACCCAUCACAUUUAGGCUUAACAGUGUCAGCCCCAAACAUGUUAAAACUUCAAUGAAAUGUCCAAAAACUUCCCUUUGUACACCUUGAAUGACAGUUAAACUGAUCUCUGUCGUCAUCUCAGCGUGUUAGCACUCCUUCAAAAUAGAUGACAUAUUUAGCCACUUAUCUAUUUGGAUAAAAAUGGCCACAGAUCAUGAACAUAUUUCAAUGUCUAAAUGUCCCUUCUGAAAUAUAUGACAGCUGAAACCAUUGGUGUUGAAUAAAGUGUUGAAUAAAGUGUUGAAUAAAGUGUUGAAUAAAAGAUGCGUACUAUUACUCAGGUUUAGAGAUUAUCAGUUCAAAAGUUGAGCAGUAGGUUCAUCAUAUAGGCCAGAUAGUCUUUUUCAUUGAGACCAAAUACUUCGGAUGACCACAGCAUUUUCUUUUUUUGUCAGGUAACCUAUUCAUACAUACAGUUGUAUACGAAAAGCAACAUCUGGAGAAUGAGGUUUCCUUGUAUUUCAUUGUCAUGUUCUGAAUAAAGAAUCAAAAACAC